AUGAGCAGCAAAGAGCUGACGGUGGGCCAGUCCAACCAGUAUGUGGGGCCUUACCGGCUGGAGAAGACCCUCGGGAAGGGACAGACAGGACUGGUGAAAUUGGGUGUCCACUGUAUAACCGGGCAGAAGGUGGCCAUAAAGAUUGUCAACAGAGAGAAACUCUCCGAAUCAGUCUUAAUGAAGGUGGAGAGAGAAAUAGCUAUUCUUAAACUAAUAGAGCACCCUCACGUUCUGAAGCUGCAUGAUGUCUAUGAGAAUAACAAAUACCUGUACCUGGUGUUGGAGCAUGUGUCUGGCGGAGAGUUAUUCGACUACCUGGUGAAGAAGGGCCGACUGACUCCCAAAGAGGCCAGGAAGUUCUUCAGACAAAUUAUCUCCGCCCUCGACUUCUGCCACAAUCACUCUAUAUGUCACAGAGAUCUGAAGCCAGAGAAUCUUCUCUUGGAUGAGAAGAACAACAUCAGGAUAGCAGACUUUGGCAUGGCCUCACUGCAAGUAGGAGACAGCCUGCUGGAAACCAGUUGCGGAUCUCCACAUUAUGCUUGCCCAGAGGUCAUAAGGGGUGAAAAGUAUGAUGGUCGCAGGGCAGAUGUUUGGAGUUGUGGAGUCAUCCUCUUUGCUCUUCUUGUGGGUGCUUUGCCCUUUGACCACGACAACCUGCGGCAGCUUUUAGAGAAAGUGAAGAGCGGGGUGUUCCACAUGCCACACUUUAUACCUCCAGACUGCCAAGCACUGCUCAAAGGAAUGAUAGAAGUCAACCCUGACAAGAGACUCACGCUAGAAGCAAUACAGAAACACAACUGGUACCAGGGUGGUCGUAAUGAGCCUUGCCCAGAGCAGCCGCCCCCUCGCCGGGUGUGUUUGAAGAGGAUCCUGUCCUUAACCGAGCUGGACCCUGACGUCCUGGAAAGCAUGUACUCUUUAGGGUGCUUCAGAGACCGGGUCAAACUCACACAGGACCUUACAAGUGAGGAGGAGAACCAGGAAAAGAUGAUCUACUACCUCCUGUUGGACAGAAAGGAGCGAUACCCCAGUUGUGAGGACGAGGAUCUGCCACCUAGAAAUGACAUCGACCCACCCAGGAAGCGCGUGGACUCCCCUAUGUUGACACGUCACGGACGCUGUCGUCCAGAGAGGAAGAGCCUGGAGGUCCUCAGUGUCACAGAACAGGGGUCUCCCACCCCACCUCGCAGGGCACUGGACACUAAUGCACACAGCCAGAGGUCUCGCUCAGUCAGUGGAGCGUCCACAGGUCUGUCCUCCAGUCCUCUCAGCAGUCCCAGGAGCCCGGUGUUCACUUUCAGCCAAUCAGAAGUCACCUCCACCUCUGCUUCAUCCUCCAAAGACCCCAAACCAGCGAGUGCCACCACCCCUCGGCCUACCCGCCCGGCACCUGACCCAAAAACCCAGACCUUGCCCUCAAAGGGCCCCACAGAGCGGCCCCAGCUCCACACCAUGAAGUCCCUCCCUCUCCAGACUCCACGCUCCCCUUCCCCGUCCCCCUCCCCGCUCCUCUCCCCCAUUCCACGCUUUUUCAACUUCCCCUCACCGUCUAUGUUCAAGUCCAAGAACGUCCACUCGUCCUCUAACUCCUCUGCCACCCCUCCUCCUGUGUCGCAGGUCACGCCGCAGGGCUCACCGCUGCCCACCCCGCUGGGCACGCCUGUGCACCAAAUCCAACACCCUUCCUCCACCACCCCUCCCUCUUCUUCCUCCUCGUCUUCUUCUUCCAGAGCGGACGGAGCCGGCGGGGCCUCGCUGUCGCUGACCCCGCCCUCCAGCCCGGGCGGCAGCGGUGGUCUGGCCGCCUCGAGCUCCGCCCACUGGAGAACAAGGCUCAACUCGUUCAAAAACAACCUACUGGGCUCACCGCGCUUCCAUCGGCGCAAACUGCAAGUCCCCACAUCAGAGGACAUGUCCAGUUUGACUCCAGAGUCAAGCCCCGAACUGGCUAAGAGGUCCUGGUUCGGUAACUUCAUCAGCCUGGAGAAAGAGGAGCAGAUCUUUGUUUUGAUUAGAGACAAACCACUCAGCUCCAUCAAGGCUGACAUCGUCCACGCCUUUCUCUCCAUGCCAUCACUCAGCCACAGCGUGGUGUCUCAGAACAGUUUCCGGGCAGAGUACAAGUCCUCCAGCGGCGCCUCUGUCUUCCAGAAGCCUGUCAAGUUCCAGGUGGACAUUGCUUUCUCUGAGGGAGAGAGGGAGCGUGAGAGGGAGCGAGCAGAGAGAGAAGGAAGGAGAGAGAUGGGCAUCUACAGCGUCACCUUCACUUUAAUAACAGGUCCUAGUCGCAGAUUCAAGAGAGUGGUGGAAACCAUUCAAGCUCAGCUCUUGAGUACUCACGAUCAGCCUUCUGUGCAGGCACUGGCUGAUGAGAAGAACGGUCAGCUUACCCGCCAGCCCAGCACUCCUUCGCGUCAGAAUUCCCGGCGUUCGGAAAGCGGAUCAGAACGGGAUCGGGGAGAGAAAGAGCGUGCCGCAGAUGCAGGGAGUGGAAGUGGCAGCGGGAGCAGCAGUGGGACCGUCUUACAAAGGCGAGGCUCGGGGAAAGACAAGACCAGACUCCUCUCGUCGUCCAACGGGACACAGUCUCAUCCCUGA